GUCUUGAAUUUUCUCUUGUUCUCACUCUGAGACACCAGUUUUAGAAGUUUUCCUCGCUUUCGGCGUUACUUAUUUUUUCCAUCUUUAAGAUGUUGGGCAAACUGAACCUGGUUCUCCUGUUUUUAAGUUUUUCCGGUACCGAUGCUCGUAUUUGGGCCUGGAUGCUCAACAUGCCUCACAGCCCUCCUAAAGAAGGAGCUAAAGCACUUAGAGAGAGCACUCCCGCGGCUAAAGCACUAUCGGCUGUAUGCGACGGUGACAGGGCUUGCGGACGUGGUUUCUCGUGUGAUCGUCACUUCGGCCUUUGUGUUCCUUUACGCGGAGAGGGCCAGUACUGUAGGAGGGAUGCUCAGUGUGUCCGCGGACUCAGCUGCAUGUUCGGGAAGUGUCACCGCAGCAUUCCCAACGGACAAGAAGGCUCCAGAUGUAAAGCUGACCGAGACUGCGGGGCGUCCAUGUGUUGUGCUCGACAUCAUGGGGAGAUGGUGUGCAAAAAGCGGCUGGUUCGCGGCGAGAGCUGUUAUGUUCCCGACGGCGGCCUGGCGUUCAGCAUCAACCAGAUCUGCCCAUGUGAGGAGGGUCUGCUUUGUCGUGAAAACAGCCGACAGCACCGCAGAGAGAGGGACUUUAUUUACCAACCAGAAUGGACAAGCUGGACCUGCCAAGUGCCCAAACUUUAACAGAAGACCUCAAGGCUAAAAAUAUUUAUUAUGUGAAUAUAAUGUACAAAGGGAACAUUUGUAUAUGCUGUCUUAAAAUGUGCUGUCAGACUUCUGCAUGAAUGCUGUUUUGUCUUUUUUUUAUAUUCAAUGUUGUAAAUAUUUACUAAAGCACUACUCUGCUG